UAUUGAGUUACCGUAAAUCGUCAGUGAUAAGAAGUUGGUGGAUCUGAAAUUGGUAGCUUCAUAAUUGUUUAUAAGUUUUUAAGUGAAAUUAAAACAAAUGUCUUUUAUCUUUAUAUUAUGAAAACUUUUUUAUAAAAAGAUAUAUAAUACUACUUGUAUUGAAUAAGCUGUUUUGAUGUAGUAAUUAUGGCUUUUGGGCGUAUUGAACCACAGUAUGAGCUUUUAAAUGGACACAAGAAGCCAGUUGUAUAUGCUCUAAUCCUUAUUGGAUUAGCUGUCUUAGUAUCUUUCGUUGUUAUUUUAAUGUUCAAUGUUUCAUGGAUUUAUUAUUCUAAUUGUGAAGAACAUAAUACAUCAUUAGAUUUAUCAACAAUCUUUGGACCUGAAACGUAUUUAAACCCUGAUAUAAUUCUUCAACGAUCUAAAAUUGUAGCUUAUGCUGCAAAAUCUGAUCACGAUGUACAUUGGCCUGCUAACCAGACAGUAAAUUUAAAGAAAAGAGUUGAAAAAUCCUAUAAUUUGUUAUGUUACUACUCAUUACCAUCUGGAAAUUCUAGUAAUUUGCUUCCAUCCAAAAUCAAUGCUACUCUAUGCACCCAUAUAAUAAUUGCAGCUGCACAAGUGCAAAAUAAUAGUGUUUAUAUCAAAAGUUCAUUUGAAGAAAAUAUAAUUAAGCAAGUAGUAAAUUUACGUGGAGCCAAUCCUCAAUUAAAAGUAUUAUUGUCUUUGAUUUAUUUUUCUAAUGGUAAACAUUCGGUAGAUGGAUUUUCUAGUGUUGUUAAUAAUUUAGAAAAUAUGGAAAAGUUUUUAGAAAAUGUCAAAACCGUUAUAGAUAAUUAUGAUCUAGAUGGAAUUGAUAUUGAUUGGGAAUUUCCAUCAUGGCCUCUAUUAAAUCUAAAAGAAAAAUACGGAUUUGCUAAAUUACUAGAGUUAUUACGUAAUAAACUUCCUGACUCUAUUCUUAGUGCUGCUGUUGCUGCUCCUUUAAAUAUAAUUGACAGCUCUUAUGAGAUUUAUGCACUUGCAAGUUUUUUAGAUUUCAUAAAUGUUAUGACUUAUGAUUAUCAUUCAUAUCAAUGGUAUUUUCCUAUAACUGGACCAAAUUCUCCUCUUUUUUCUUCAAGAAAUGAAAUAGGUUAUUUUAAAACCUUGAAUGUUAAGACUUCUAUUCAGUAUUGGAUAUCAAAAGGAAUACCAAAAGAAAAAAUUUUGAUUGGAAUGCCUACUUAUGGCCAUUCGUUCAAGUUGAUUAAUAAAAAUCACAAUGGUUUUGGUGCUCCUGCUUCCAGUAAUGGAAUUGGUAAAGAUGGGUUUUUAUCUUUUAGUGAAGCUUGUGAAUUUAUUUCUAAUAAGAAAGCAGUUACCAUUUUUGAUAACGAAACACAUACUCCAUAUUCAUACUAUGAAAAAGAUUGGAUAUCAUUUGAUAAUGAAAUCAGUUUAGCUUAUAAAGCAAAAUUUGCUGUUUCACUUGGAUUAGGAGGUGCCAUGAUGUUUUCUUUAAAUGAUGAUGAUUAUCUAGGUUCAAGUCCUUGUUCAUUAACAGAAUUUCCUUUAACUUCCAGAGUUAAAACUGUAUUGAAUGAUGACUAUUUAUAGAAAAAAAAAAUGAACUUUUUAUUAUAAAAUUGUAUUGUUUAAUUUGUUGUAUAAGAUAGGUAUAUGUAAAUAUUAUACAUUUACAUUCAUAAAAAUAAAUAAGGGAGUCUAUUAUAAAAUAGAAAAAUUAAUUUUUAAUGAUCAUUCUAAUGAUUACAUUAUACAGGUGAUUGAAUAACUAUGUCUCACGAAUUUUCUUUAAAAAUAUUAGUGUUGUCAUAUAUAUAAUUAUUUUAUUUUUUAUAAAUCUUUGUUAAGUUACUUAACAAGAAAAUUAAAGAUUCCAUCUUCAUCUCUUAACUCUUAAAUCAAUAUCAACUUUAGUUUUUCAAAUAGCAACCCAGUUUUUUUUUAUUAAUCUUGUUUAGCAUAAAAAAAAAAUCAAUUUUAAUAAAUUCUAAACGAAAUAACACUAUAUAAAAUUGGUUUGGUUGGGUUGGGUUAACAAAUAAAACAGUAGUCGGUUAACUACAGUAACAUUAACA